GAGCUGUACCUUUCGUCGACUCCUUCCACUGAACGACCACCGCUCGACCGACUACCUCGAGCUCAUUGAAGGCCCGCGAAUGAUAGGAGAUCUACCUUACGCAUACGCGCCAGCUAGGUCCACCUGUGCUUUACUGCUCUGGAAUCUAAGUCAAUUACGGGAGAAUACUUGGAAUCCUCUGACCUCCAUAGCUUGUGGAAAACACAGUGCUGAGAAGCCCUUUUUCAACUUUCAGAUGGAUAAUAGAACACCAUUUGCCGUUUGACGUCAUGACCAGUCCAUCGUGAUCCCUUUGGAUAUACUCAAGCGCAUGAAUCUAUAAAAAGGGACGUGUCGUCAACUUGAAGGUCAUAUUCCAACGCAUCACACCGACAAAAUCAGUUCUACCGUGCGCACAAGACGAAGAUGUGGAUACUACCAGUUCGAGGAAAAUAUAUGGUAUGGGCUAUCUCAGCAUGUUGUUGUCAAGGUUUCUUACUACUCGGAUAUGACCAAGGUGUGAUGAGUGGUAUAAUCGGUGCUGAUAACCAGUUCGGGAGGGAUUUUGGACGUCCUGGGCCUACAACUCAAGGGACGAUUGUGGCUAUCUACGAUAUCGGUUGCGCCAUUGGGAGCUUGAUAGUAUUUUUCUGGGGCGAAUCAAUUGGUCGCAAGAGGAUGAUUAUGGCGGGCGCAUCUACGAUGUUGGUUGGUACGGCUAUAUUAACGAGCUCAACUACCCUUGCUCAACUCUACGUUGGGCGAAUCGUGACUGGCAUCGGUAACGGGUUUAAUUCGUCUUCCAUCCCCGUGUAUCAGUCGGAAACUUGCGGGGGUAAAAUAAGAGGAAGGCUUGUUUGUUUGAACUCUACGUUGACGAUUAUUGGGCUAGUGAUUGCAUAUUGGCUAGAUUAUGGCAUGAGCUUUGUUGAAGGACCAGUACAAUGGCGGCUUCCAAUCGGUUUUCAAGCAUUCUUCGCCUUGUGUCUACUGCUACAAGGAAUGGUUCUCCCGGACUCCCCACGAUGGUUGCUUGCGCAUGGCUAUGAGGAAGAAGGUGUCAAAGUGAUUGCUAUUCUAGAAGACCAAGAUUCCGUGGACCAUCCGGAUGUCGUACGGGUGAAGAAGGAAAUUGAGGUUUCGUUGGUACAAGAAAGUGCAGGUGGGCCGUUCAGAUACAGGGAGCUCUUUGAAGGUGGACCGAUUGGCAAUUUUCGGAGGAUCUGCCUUUGCAUCGGUGUGAACGUUAUGCAACAGUUCACUGGGUCAAAUAUGAUCAACUACCUUGCGCCUGUUGUCUACCAACAAACCAUGGGGUUAUCGAGGAACCUCUCGUUGAUCCUUGGUGGCUGCACGUCCAUAACGUACAUGUUUGCUUCAUUUAUUCCACUCUGGACCGUUGAUAGAUUCGGAAGACGUCCUUUGUUGAUGAUUUCAGCUGCAGGACUAUCGACUUGUUUCAUUAUCACUUCCAUACUUUUAUCUACUGGGUCGAAACAGGCUGCAUUUGCAGCGACGGCGAUGGUUUUCAUUUUUCAGUUCUUCCUUGGGAUUGGGUUUUUACCAAUUCCAUGGCUUUACCCUGCCGAGAUCAGUACCACUCGUAUACGUGCUCGCGGAUCGUCAAUAUCGAGUUUCUUUAACUGGAUGUGCGUUUUCGCUGUUGUGGAAAUGACGCCACCUGCUAUUGCAAAUAUCAAUUGGCGGGUGUUCAUCAUCUUUGCGGUCUUCAAUGCUUUGUGGGUGCCUAUUAUUUACUUCUUCUUCCCAGAAACCCGUGGCCUGGAGUUGGAAGCGAUUGAUCAUAUUUUCGAAAAGGGAGGCGUUACUGGUGGUGUCUUUGGAAGCAAAGGUGGUAGGACCACGGAAAAAUAUGGUUUCUGAAUUCGGGGACAAAGAUAUGGAGCAGAGAUGAGAAGGGGCAAAAAAAUCUUCAGCUAUAGCACCUUCUUCGACUAGAUACUUCUCUACGUGUUUCCGCACGAUGAGUUUCUUGUUGAAGUCACGUUGAUAAUUUCUAUCUCCUCCGGCUCUUAAAGUGCGCACCGCU